GGUCUCUGUGAAUAUACGUCAUCAUUAGUGGACGCAGCGUGCCUGUGUGUGAAGGACGCCGAAAAGAGGAUCUAGAUGAAUUAGAGUCUAUAUUAAAGGUGAGUUAGUGAAUGUUAAUUCAGAGAUAUGAGAUAAUUCACCUGUUAGUCACUUAAAUUCUGUUCCCUGAAACAGUAAAGAGGGAAACAAACAGAACUCUGAUCCAGACUGAGCUAACCGGAGCUAAAGCUAACCUGGAUCAGAGUUAUUGACUCUAUAAUCUGUAAACUUUACUCUCUGUGUUCAAACAUUGAAUAAGAUUAUAACAAGAAUCACAGGUCAUUAACAAACUCUGAAAACCUCCAGGAUCCGUAAUGAGCGCGUAUUUACGAUCUUCGAGCUGCUCUUGAUUCGAUGCUGCGACGGAGCUGAUCCGCGUCCUCUACGCUUUGCUGCGGUGAUUAGAACUAUUUGCUGCAGGAUACGCGACGCUCCAAAUACGCAUCCUGUACGUUUUAACCUUUAGACACUAAACUUGUACACCCAGACUGUUCUGACCGUAAAUGAGUGAGUGAGAAAUAUUCAUGUCAUUAUAUUAAAGCUGAGUUAUAAACAUGCGGUAAAUACACAUUUUAUUACAUUAACAUUAAAUAUGAAAUAACGGUGUGUGAGGCGGUGGAGAAGCGCUCCAAUCUCACUGUACUUCUGUAUAAUGACAAUAAAGGGCAUUCUGGUUCUGAUCCUGGUUCUGGUUCUGACUGUCGUCUCUGUCCUCAGGUGUGUCUCAGGUGUGUUUCCAUGGCGGUGUCAUGUCUGACUCGAGCUCUGCGCUCCUUGUCUCUCUCCCACCAUGCCCUGCUCCCCUCACAGGUAAACACCUGUCCAUGUCGUCUUACAGCAGCUCGGUCAUCAAUCAUCAAUAAUCACCUCUGACUGUUAUUGAUCACAGGCAGCAGCAGCAGCAGCUCAGAGUAAAGCUGGAGCUCCGCUGAUGUUGAAGACCGUCCAGGUGAGAGGCUUCCUGACCACAGCUGCUCUGGAUCAGAACCGGACCUUCUGGAAGCAGAUGGAGAAGUACACCAUCAAACCCAUGGGCAUGAAGAAGACCGGAGGUCGGGAUCACACAGGUACCCCCCAGAGAGGGACUGUGGACCCGGAUCAGCCGGGGAUGGUUCCCUUAGAACCAUGAAAAGGUCUCAGAUGAGGUUCAGGGAGGAUCUAAAGAAGGGAGCCAGAAACACCGAAACACCGGUGUUCUGAAUUUAAACACACCUUCUUCUGUCUGUAGAUCUACUUUGAACCAUUUCAUCACUAAAUUAAUCUUUAAAUCAAUCAAUCACUAAAUUGAUCACCCGUUCUGUCCAAAGAUCUGGAUCAGACCCGCUCUUUAUCGCCCCCUUUACUUCGAAGUCCAGUUCCUCCUCCUUUAAAGGGCUGUUCGCUGUUUUUUUGUGCGUCUCAAACAGGGAAGAUCAAAACUCACGGCAUCGGCGGAGGUCACAAACAGAGAUACCGCUGGAUCGACUUCCAGCGGCUGCGAUACGAAGCGGGGAGAGACGCCGCACCGUUUGAGGAGAAGGUGGUGGAGGUGCGCUACGACCCGUGCAGGUGAGUCCAGCUCUGAGCGCGCAGAGACUCCGGUUGUUUUAAAGAUGGAGGACGUGUGAUGAUAAAAGGUCGGAUCCUCUCAGGUCUGCAGACAUCGCUCUGGUCGCUGGAGGAAAGAGGAAAAGGUGGAUCAUCGCCACGGAGAACAUGCAGGCCGGAGACGUGAUUAAGACCUCCGGAGUGAUUGGACGGAUGGCAGGUAUGAAGUCCGUCCUUCGAAGUUUGAGUCGGGCUGAGAGACGCUCAGACUGAACGUUUCCAUCUGUGUCUGACUCCGCAGUCUCGGCCAAUGAGGGCGAUGCGUACCCGCUGGGAGCCCUGCCUGUGGGGACGCUGGUCAACAACCUGGAGAUCCAACCGGGGAAGGGGUCCGAGUACAUCAGAGCUGCAGGUCCUCAGAUUAGAGACUUUUUAUAAUUUAAAGUUUAUAAUUUUUCAACAGACAAACGAACUUAAAACAAAACAGAAAUAAUGGAGGUCAAAAAUUAGUCAUAAUAAUAAAAUAAACAAAAGAAGAUGAAACUAAGACAGGCAGGUGAGUUAGUAAGGUAAGAAAGUGAACACACCUGUCGACCAAAACUAUCCUGUUCUUCUUUUCUCAUCUUCACUCUUUAAUCUCUCCAUCAUCAGAGUUAACGAGGAUCCUUCUCAGGGUUUUUAUCUUUCUGAAGAUCAUUAUAACCUUUAUUAUUUAUCCAAGGACACAUCUCAGACCAUCGUGAAGCUUUAGGAUGUAUUUUGGGUUAAUGAAGUAACAUUAGAUUGGACUUCUGUCCUGACCAACAGGACCCACCUCUUUAAUAAGUGAACUCUACCCUCUAAAUAAAUGUUUUCUUUAAAUCUAAUAUAGGAAAGAAAAUUUCUAAUAGAUCGUCUAUAAUUCUGACGUCUUUUCUGACCCUCUGAGCUCAAAAAAUCGUCUGUCUUUCUAUCUUUAUUUGUGUCAUAGAUGCAUCUUUUUGAGUAGACAGAGAUUUUACAUCUUUUACUUCGAUUAGAGACUUAAAAACACAAAGACUUCAGGAGGACGGUCUUCAUGUGUGAACAGAGAGUUAGAGGUGGACCGUCUGUUGCUCUCCUGAAGGUCACAGCUGUAGUUUGAAGGUCGUCCUGCUCAGUGUCUGUAACUCUCUCUCUCUCUCUCUCUCUCUCUCUCUCUCUCUCUCUCUCUCUCUCUCUCUCUCUCUCUCUCUCUCUCUCUCUCUCUCUCUCUCUCUCUCUCUCUCUGUCUCUCUCUGUCUCUCUCUCUCUCUCUCUCUCUCUCUCUCUCUCUCAGGGACGAGCGGCAUCCUCCUGCGGAAGGUCAACGGGACCGCCAUCGUCCAGCUUCCCUCCAAGCAGCAGGUUCAGGUGAGGAUGACGACGAUGAUGAUGAUUGACGGUCCGACUGUUUUUCAGACUUCACUCUGACCCCCGUCUUCUGGACCCUCAGGUUCUGGAGACCUGCGUCGUGACCGUGGGACGAGUGUCCAACAUCAACCACAACAAGCAGAUCAUCGGGAAGGCGGGUCGGAACCGCCGGCUCGGCAGACGCCCCUCGAGCGGGCUGUGGCACAGGAAAGGCGGCUGGGCGGGUCGGAAGAUCAAACCUCUGCCUCGGAUGAAGAGUUACGUGAACCUGCCCUCCAUCUCGGCGUGAGGACGCCGGAGGGGCGGAGUCUGGACUGUUUAUGUGUGGAGGAAUAAAGAGUGGAGUUUGUACAGAAGAUUAAAAACUUUAUUAAACACGACUGCCUGUGAGAGCAUGGAAAGAAACCAAACAAUAUAAAAAUCCAAAACAUAUUUACAUGGAUAGUAAAACAUGCAGAGUAGUAACCCAUAUCUUUAGUGGUUUCAAAUUUAAAAAUACUGUCAUGUCUCUAAAAUAGGGUUUGUGCAAAGACACCGGGGGCGUUUCAAGGAACCGGAGCGACGACGAGGCAGCGCCGUGUCCGUGUCUGACCGGUCCGGCCUCCUCAAACACCCCCACGCUACCUCUAGAUUCAGGGCGAGUAAAAAAAAAUGACACUUCAGGUCAAAACAUCGAAAUGAGCCCGUUUACUUUAACGAUGAUUCCCUCAAACGCACCAGAAACGAGAGAUUUCACCGAGUGGCAAAACAUGGAGGAACAGACGGCCGGGACCGGACUGGAGAGGGGACCGGCUCUGGGUUUUACAGAGUCCCUGCAUGAGGUUCUGGUCUUAAGUACGUGGAUUAGUCACAGAAGAUCCGGGUCAGUUUGGACUCCUCGAUCAGCUGUUCAGCGAAAACCAAACAAACUAAGAAGACGCCGUCAGGACCGAGACCCGGUACCAAGAGGGGCGGAUCUGAGGAAACCAGCAGCUCACAUACAGCUGCGGUCCGGAGUUCAGUCAGAGCAGCAGGUCGUCCCCGAGAGGACGGAGCGACUCGACCGCCGUCACUAACAAACGAAAACACGCUCAGUCGUCUUCGAUCACCGCCGUCACAUCUCAGAUUCAUCUGGAGUAAAACUAUGCUUUUAUUUUGAAGUACAGGACACUUCCUGUGGAUCAUGAGCUGCUGAUCUGAGUGACAGCGGUCUGAAUGUUGACCUCUGACCUCUACUGUAAACUCGCCACAGUUCUUGGUUUUAAAGCUCCAGUGAGGAACUUCAUGUCGAGUUUGGCGCCCCCCUGUGGACGGUCCUUAAACUCAGAAUCUUCUGCCUCUCCGUGUCUCAGAACCUCGCCCGUCACGGACCUGAACAGAUGACCAGUGCACUGAACCGUCUGCUCGGUCAAACCUCUCUCUGGUUCUGGUUCUGGUUCUGGUUCUGGUUCUGAUCCGCUGAGACUAAAACACGUCAAACCAACAAGAACCUCAAAGAGCCAAAAAAAACACAGACUGUCCCUUUAAUCCAGACGAACGUCCCCGCGUUUAAAGGGUCAUUUCAUCAAAUCGAUCUGCAGACCCGCCCAGGAAGUGGUUUUCAUCGAAACCCCCGACCCCGAGAGUCCAGGUCAAAGUGCAUCAUCACAGAGGGGGGUGGGGUCUGAUGGCGUCAAACAUCGUCACAUCAGGAGCUCUGCUAACAUAUAUAUAUAUUUAUUUAUUUGGCAUUUAUGUCGAGGAGUAGGGGGCGCUAUUGUGCUUUAAUUUUCAUGGGGGGGCGGGGUCACAAUAAUACAGAUCUAUGUUAUAUUUUCUAUACAGACUAAAAAAAACCAUCAGAGUCUUCACUUUAGAAAAACUAACUCCUACUGAAGGCCCUUUGUCCGAGUCAACGCCAUCAGGAGUACCGUCACGCAGACACGCCCCCAUCCAGAGGCCGCUGCAGCGCCAACACCUGCGGCAGGAGGCGGAGCUGCGAGGAAGGACACGGCGGUAAACGCACCGUCGCCUCAGAGACGGAAACAAGCUCGAUUUGGCACAUCACCGCACAUCAGGAGCGUUUGUUCAAUACGGCAGGACGCCCUCCGCACGCCAUCGCCACCUCAGUAACCUCCGAAACUCAGAAAAGGACGACGACGAUGGCGACGACAACAACACAGCUGGAAAACUGAAAAACACUCCAUGACCUCCAAACUAAGAGACGGGUCAGAGUCACUUCAGCUGUGAGUGACUUCCUGCUUCACGACCUUCAGGAGAGUCCCGGCGCCGUGGAACACGAAAGAAAGGCGAAAUUCAGAACAUGUGAUGUUCCGGUCUCGUGAAGAACGUCCGCUCGUGUUGACCCGACGCAGCUACAGUUCUAAGAUGAAUUUCCUCGGACCAUCAGAACUCGGGAUGUUCUGAGUCGUUCUCACGGCGCCCGACUCUCAGCGUUCAGGUUGGAUCUGACGUUCCUGUAAAGCCCGUCGUGAUGACCUGCUCCUUCCUCGCUUCAUCCAUCAUAGCUACCUUCAGAAACGCCACGCUGAGUGGUUUUCAGGUCGCCGUGCGCCCGAACGAACGCGGCGGCGGCUCCUCUCUGUCAAAUUCAUCUUUUGGAGGAAGUAAAGGGACGAGUAAGAAAAGAGAGUUAGAGAGAAGGACUCCGUCUAGAUUCACAGCAAUAUCCCAACUUUCAACAACAAACACAAGCUCACACACGCCACUGCACGUCACCGUCACACUCCUCCGUUUUCUAUAGAGUAACAAUAAAUGUAGGAUUUCACAGAAAUAAUAAAAUGUUAACAAAACAAAGUGCAAACACAGCUGCCAUUAUUGAAAUGUGGCAAAUUGUCAAAACCCCCCAAAGACCUCCGAGGCGGUCGCACAAAUC